AUGCACACCACCGCCUCGCCAACAGUCAAAAUUUCUAGAUUUUGUCAGACUCGAGAUUCCGUGAAUCAGUGGCGGGUGUCGCGUCACCUCACAGUUCGCGGGGAGCGCGUUUUCGGGCUUUUUCGGCUGUCAAGCAUCAUGGUGGAGUAUGUGACGAGGGCCAAGCAGCAGCUGGAGUCGGUCUGCCCCAGCUUCUUGCUGCGACUGGCGCCAAUCCGACUGCCACCAAUCCACUUUGACUUGACGAAGCAAAAGGCGCGCGAGGAGCUGGAGCAGUCGCGACAAGCCCUCAUCCUCGAUUCCCCGGUCAAGGCUGCGAUCAUGGUGAAGAAGCGCAUGCGCUUGACCUUUGUCUUCCUUUUCCUGCAGCUACAUGCCCGUGGUAACCAGACGUUUUGGGCCGAAAUCCUUGCCACCCCCGAGCGCGAACGCGAGCUCUAUUGCUUCCUUGCGUUUUCCACCGUCGAGCUGUACUGUGACCUGCUCACGCACAUCCAGCCCCGGCCUCCCCACAUUCACGCCCUGCUUGAGGAGAUUACUGAGGUUGAUCUGCUCCAAUCGUUCCAUCAACUGUACGAGCCCAUGAUAACUGAAGUUCGACAGCAAAGAGCUGAACGCGAGCCCAAUUUCAUGCCCAACGAGACGCAGUGUGCGCGGGUGGCUGCUGCUGCAGCUCCGACCUGUGGCGCUCCGACCUGGCUCCCAUACCUGGCCGGAGCCACGCUGGUGGCCGGUGUGGCCUGGCUUGUCUGGCGCCGGCGCCACCUGGCUUGA